AAUCUCACUGCUACAGUAUGCGAUUUUAAUUAUCAGUUUUUCAAAUCUGCCCUUUUUCAAAUUAAAAAAAACAAAUAAAAAAUUAGAGAGGGCAAAUCUGCUCUUGGUUCUUCAUUCUGAACAGCCGCCGCCAAACAUCAACUUUUCGAUCUUGUUUCACAACAGCCGAGUCCCGUCAUCUUCCUGCAAAUUCCCGUCGAUCCAAACACAGAAAGCGAAGAAGAAUUUUGUGUUUCAGAGGUUUACGGCGGUUUUGUUUUGAGGGACGAGAAGAGAGUCAGAUUAGAGCUAAUGGAUAUUCAAACAUCACCAUCGUUUUUAACGCGAGGAGGAGUGUUUAGAGCGGGGAUCGACGACGGUUUGGGAUUGAAAGCUUGCGAAUUAUGGCCAUCUCUCUCCAGAUCUCCAUCUCGUCGUAUCUGUCUCAUAGUGGCUGUCAACUUUGAACCUUGGAUUUAUAUCUUGGACGUAGGCGGCGGCAGAUGCGACGGCGAUCGUGUCGAGCAACGCCCUAAUCUUCGAAUCCCGAAGAGCUUCAGUUUUACUUGCUUCUGCGUUGUGGAUUCCAUACUCUACGCGGUGAACGAGGACGACGUCUAUAGCUUCAGACUGUCGGACAAGCUUUCCGACGUCGUUUUGGAGGAUAAUAUGCUCGAGAAGUUACCCAUCCUAUUGAACCCCAAGGAAGAUGCCUUGCCUGUUCAGUUUGGUAAUUGUGUCUUGUUCUUUUCUACUCAAAUUCAGUUCCAUGAAACAGUAGACUCUCCUAUUAGGAAACUCACAUGUGACUUUGAGCUCUAUGAUCCUAUCCAUAAUGUUCAUACAAAGCUUCCUCAGUUAUGGAUUCGUCGCCCAAACACCUCGCGAACUUGUCAAACCUUCCAAUUCUUGCGUCCUAACUCAACUUGGGCAGACUUCCGUAUAUCAAAAAUUGGUAUCCGCUCAAAUUCCUUCACUAUUGAAUCCUAUGCUUUCAAUGGCACCAAGUUUCUUGUUCAAACCUCCUUUGGUCGAUUAUUUAGUAUCGACCUCUUUGAUCCCAGUUUAGCUGAAUGGCAAUUGGUAGAUAAAGAUUUAAAGUUUACAGCCCGUGGUCUCAAUUUCAUAACUGGAGAUGGACGGCUGUGUAUUGAUGCUGUUGGUGUCAGUAGAUUGGAAGGUGAUAAACAUAUAUUUAAAUCAGGUGUUAAAUUUCCACUCUCAUGCUUCCCUAGUGUUUCUCGAUCGGUCACUCUCCUUGACUCGUGCACCCCUUGUAUUGUACGGGCAGCAACGGUCGAUUCAUCCCAGUACGGCGAAUUUUGGUGGGUUGAUGUCUUCGAAGUUGAUUUUAGCAAGUUAUUAAGUGAUGGCGAUAAGAAUGAAGAUGGGGAGAAGAAAGAGUACAUGAACCACACCGUGAGCUUCAAGCUUUGCAUCGAAAACCCGUGGACCUACUCAAUAUGUGUUGACAGCUUGUUUCCAUUUUAGUUUCUGGUUUAGGAUUUAUCUUUAUUAGAGUAGUAUAUGUUAGCAUGUCGUCGUGUCUUCACUUUUUGUUCAUUAAUUUUGGAAUGAUUGUAUUUGGGUUGGGUCAUAAUCACAAACACUAGUUUGAUUGAUUGUUCCGUCAUGAGAUUAAUCGUUGUAAUCAAGAAGAAUUAUGUUUGUGAUUGUGUUCUAGAUGCAAACUUGAUGAAUAUCUUACCCUUGAAUUUUCA